AUGGAAAACAACGAAGAGACAGAUCGUUCCCUUUCCAAAAGAGAAGCAAUAUACCUCGACGAGGCCACCGACACUCUCUACCUAUCUCCACUCGCCACGACCACCACGGAGGAUGCCGCGUCCCCAGGGACUGAGGUGUCCACGCAGGGAGCCCGCUUCCGCUCCGACCCGUCAAUGUACAAGUUCCGCGCGGGCCUCGCAGCAACAUGCAUCGACGCGGCAGCCACAGUACGGAGGUCCAUGCCCACAGCCCGCAGUGGCGGCGGCGGCAGCAGCAGCAGCAGCAGCAGCAGCAGCGGGGACACAAACACAAUCUACCUCGGGGCGCCGAGCACGGCCCGCGGCUGCGCGAGCAUCACAUACGACAACACGCAGGACGUGCUGUACCUGCGCUUCAAGCCCCCGGCCUUCCGCUUCCCGGACGGCGGGCGCCUCACGAGCCCCGUCAGCGCCAUCUUCGAGAGCAUCUGGUCGCAAGAGCUUGCGGGCGCGCUGCACCGAGCCAGGAGGGUGGCCAUCGACGUGUCGCAGCUGUGGCCGGACCUGUGGGCGCGCGGGGUGGCCGACGGCGGCGAGCAACAGGGAGGGGACGGGGCAGAGGACGAUGAGGAGCAGCAACAGGCUGGCGAAGCCGAGGUGGAGGUGUUGGAGGAGGGGCCCGAUGAGGAGGAGGCUGGGGGCAACGAUGACGGCAGCUUGAUCAUGCAGGACAUCGCGUUCCUGGCCUGCACGAUGCAGCAUGACCUCGAGGUGCUGUACCUGGUCGACUACUGCGCGGGACGUUGCGACUCUCAACCCCCCUCCUUAAAGGCGAAGGAUCUAAUGGAGAGGAGAGAUGAGGGUCUUUACCGAGCCCUUCGCAACGGAGAGACGUGGCAGAAGGAGAAGAUGAGGAGACCGGAUGUGAUUCAAGGUGUGGGCAAAGUCUGGAGGGAGGUUUUCGACCUGGAAAGGUUGGGGUGGGAUGGAGAGCACCCAGGGUUUGUUUUUGCUGAGAUGUUUGCGGAGGUCAUCAAGAUGCAACAGGGGAAUUGGAUGGGUGAUGAUAACGGGGAAGUUACAAAAGAAAGGGCCAAGUUUCAGGGGGUGAGAGUGCUGGUCGCUGAGGACGAGCAGCUUAAUGGGGAGGACAACUCUAUGGUCCUUCGAUGCGACGGUCAUCUGCAUGGCACCAAAAAAGAGGACCACGGUCUAUAG